AUGUCUACCCUCUUCGUCAACCCCUUCGACGAGGCCAAAUUUGCCUCUCGACUAGCCAAAAUCCCUCUUCCCUCCAACGACCCAGAUGUUGAAGUAUCCAUCUUUUACCGACACUUCAAACCCACCUCGUCUUCAGCCUUGCCGCUCUUGUUGCUGCAUGGACAUCCGCAAACGCAUGUAAUUUGGUCUUCUGUCGCUCCAGCUCUCGCUGCAACAGGCAAGUGGGAGGUGGUGGUACCAGACAACCGCGGCAAUGGAGAAAGCUCAGCACCGUCGCCGAAGAACGAAGAAAGCUACUCCCGAUACUCGAAGAGAGAAAUGGCGAGAGAUAUGAUAGAAGUGAUGAGACAGCUGGGACAUGACAAGUUCUGGGUCGUUGCACAUGAUAGAGGCGCAAGAAUCGCUCAUAGGAUGGCACUUGACUGGCCGGAUCAGGUGCAGAAGUUGGUGUUGUUGGAUAUUGCUCCUACUUUGGACAUGUACGAUAAAACCGACCAUCGAUUUGCAACAGCCUACUGGCACUGGUUCUUCCUCCUUCAAUCCGAUCUACCUGAACAAUUCAUCUCUGCUAAUCCUCAAGCUUACCUCCACGCCCUAGUCACUCGAUUUCCUCGUACACCCUCCUCCUCUUCCUCCACCACCAGCCCUCCCUCUGCUGCGGCAAAAGGCGUGGAAGAAUGGCGCACAAACUCAUACCUAACUAACCUCUCUCGCCCACCUAACAUCACGGCUAUGUGCGAAGACUACCGGGCUUCCGCACCUUCCGGCCCGGACCUCGCACUCGAUAGAAAAGACAGAGAGGAAGGAAAGAAGAUCAAGUGCCCUGUGAAGGUGUUUUGGGGAAGACAGGGCGUGAUCCAGGCUAUGUAUGGGGGCGGAUUGGAGUUGUGGCAAGCGUGCAGUGAGGGGGAGGUGGAAGGGAAAGCGGUGGAUUGUGGUCAUUAUAUACCUGAGGAGAAGCCGGAGUUCAUUCUGGCUGAGAUAGAAGGAUUCUUCCCCUAA